AAAAUAUUUGUUGCUAAGAUGACUAUGAUCCCUAGAGGCCAUGGUUUCAUACAGGUGGCGACAGACAAGGUUGCAGGAAAGCUGAGUUCUACUUUCUCAUGGGUGAAGAACACUGUAUCGCACACUGUCAGUCAAAUGGCCAGUCAGGUGGCAAGUCCAUCUGCCUCAUUACAUACUACAUCCUCCUCUACCACUCCCUCUACACCAGCACUAUCGCCAUCCUCACCAUCACAGUUGAGUCCAGACGACCUAGAAUUACUGGCUAAACUUGAAGAGCAGAAUAGAUUAUUAGAGACAGAUAGCAAAUCCUUGCGAUCUGUAAAUGGGUCAAGAAGGAAUAGUGGCUCCUCCCUUGUAUCUAGUUCAUCAGCUUCUAGCAACCUCAGCCAUCUUGAAGAAGAUUCCUGGAUCCUUUGGGGGAGAAUUGUAAAUGAAUGGGAAGAUGUACGGAAAAAGAAAGAAAAACAAGUUAAGGAGCUUGUUCGAAAAGGGAUACCCCAUCAUUUCAGAGCAAUAGUAUGGCAGCUUUUAUGCAGUGCUCAAAGCAUGCCAAUAAAGGAUCAAUAUUCAGAGCUCUUGAAAAUGACCUCUCCUUGCGAAAAACUAAUAAGAAGGGACAUUGCUAGGACAUAUCCUGAACAUGAUUUUUUUAAAGAAAAAGACAGCCUUGGUCAGGAAGUUUUAUUUAAUGUAAUGAAGGCUUAUUCAUUAGUGGAUCGUGAGGUUGGAUACUGUCAAGGAAGUGCUUUUAUAGUUGGGCUGCUGCUUAUGCAGAUGCCAGAAGAGGAAGCCUUCUGUGUGUUUGUUAAAUUAAUGCAAGAUUAUAGACUUCGAGAACUCUUCAAACCAAGUAUGGCUGAGCUGGGCCUUUGCAUGUACCAAUUUGAAUGCAUGAUACAGGAGCAGCUACCAGAGCUUUACGUGCACUUUCAGUCCCAGAGUUUCCAUACUUCAAUGUAUGCUUCAUCAUGGUUUUUAACAAUCUUUCUCACAACUUUUCCACUUCCAAUUGCAACAAGAAUAUUUGAUAUUUUUAUGUCUGAGGGUUUAGAGAUAGUAUUUCGAGUAGGUUUAGCAGUUCUUCAGAUGAACCAAGCAGAAUUAUUGCAACUUGACAUGGAAGGGAUGUUACAGCACUUUCAAAAGGUCAUUCCACAUCAGUUUCACAGUGGUCCAGACAAAUUAAUCCAGGCAUCUUACCAAGUCAAAUACAAUGCAAAGAAGAUGAAAAAGUUAGAAAAGGAAUACACUACAAUAAAAACUAAGGAAAUGGAAGAGCAAGUUGAAAUUAAAAGGUUACGAACAGAAAAUAGACUCUUAAAACAGCGCAUUGAAACGUUAGAAAAAGAAAGUGCUUCCUUGGCAGAUAGAUUGAUACAGGGACAAGUGACAAGGGCCCAGGAGGCUGAGGAAAACUACCUCAUAAAACGGGAGCUGGCCACCAUCAAACAGCAGAGUGAUGAGGCCAUUACUAAACUGGAGCAAGCUGAGAAUACCAUCAGGGAGCUCCAGCAACAACAACAAUGGCAUAAAUGCAGUUCACGCUACAGUGAAGACUUUGUGCUACAGCUGGAAAAAGAGUUGGUUCAAGCAAGACUGAGUGAAGCAGAAUCCCAUUGUGCUCUGAAGGAAAUGCAAGAUAAGGUUCUAGACAUGGAAAAGAGAAACAGUUCUUUACCUGAUGAGAAUAAUGUUGCUAGACUUCAAGAAGAACUGAUUGCGGUGAAAUUAAGGGAAGCAGAAGCUCUGAUGGGACUAAAAGAACUUAGACAGCAGGUCAAGGAUUUGGAGGAGCACUGGCAGCGUCACCUAGCUCGUACCACUGGCAGGUGGAAAGAUACACCCAGAAAGAACACCGUGAAUGAGCUGCAAGAUGAAUUAAUGACUAUCCGAUUGAAAGAAGCAGAAACUCAGGCGGAGCUAAAAGAGAUGAAACAAAGAAUGAUGGAGAUGGAAACUCAGAAUCAGAUCAAUAGCAACCACUUGCGAAGGGCGGAGCAAGAGGUUACCAAUCUGCAAGGGAAGGUGCAGUAUCUUUCUACACAGAACAAAGGACUUCUUGCUCAGUUAAGUGAAGCCAAACGCAGACAAGCAGAGAUUGAAUGCAAGAGUAAGGAAGAAGUGAUGGCAGUAAGACUCCGUGAAGCAGACCGCAUUGCUGCAGUGGCAGAACUCCAGCAACAUAUUGCUGAACUAGAAAUCCAGAAAGAAGAAGGAAAAAUUCAAGGGCAGCUUAAUAAAUCUGACUCUAACCAGUAUAUUAGAGAACUGAAAGAUCAGAUAGCAGAACUGAAGCAGGAGAUCAAAUGCCUAAAAGGCCAGAGAGUCUUCUCAGACCAAGCCACUUUUGAUGGGAUUCACAUUGUCAACCAUUUUACAGGAGAUGAUGAGUCAUUUCAUUCUUCUGAUGAAGAUUUUAUAACGAACUCCAUACAGAGGAGUGGGAUCCACUUUCAAUUACGCAGAACUGGUCAGAUGGCUUUGGAUGCAACUGUGGUAGACAGCAGUGACAGUGAUGCUGAAGAGGGUGUCCUGGGUAUUGGAAGUGCAGACACAAUUAUUCCCAAGGAAAAGAACCAGAAAAGAAUGGAAUCCUACUCCACCACUGUAUGAUCAUCACUGUGACUAGCAUUUAAGACUUCAUAUCUUUAAGGGAUAAAUGGUCAGAAAUGCCAGGCUGUUGAAUUUAGGUUAUUACUACUGGAGUUUGUCUGGCUCAUUAUGUAUAUACACAUUUUAAUAUCUGCCUUUUAUCUUUGCCAAAUCUUUACUACUGACAUACCAUUGCCAUAAAGUAGGCUGGGAGGAAGUUGAUGGAUGACAGUUCUAACAGUAUUACUGAAUGUUCCUUGUUUUAGAAAAUGCAAAUAUUAAUUUCUUCAAUGCUUAAGAACCAUUUUGCAGUUCAUAAACAUGGGAAAUAUUUUCUUCAAAAGAAACUGCUCUUGUGCAAUAUUUUAUGCUCUGAACAAAUGUGUAUUUUUUUACAUUUGUGAUCAAGAUGGAUGUUAGCAAACCAUCUGAUCAUAGCUUAUAUCUGAUUAUCUUGUGCUUUUUGGUUUUGUUUGUUUUUAAUUAAACAUAGAACUUUUGGAGGCCCACAGAAGGUUCAAAAUAUAGGCCUUCAUCUGUACUAUUUUAUAAACAAAUUAAUGGUCACAAAUGUGUCUAAAAUCAUUUUGACUUAAUUUUUAUGUGCAUCUGCUUUUGAUGUGUUGCUAAACAAAGCCCGGUCUAAGUAUGUUAACUACAAUAAUGUUUAUUUUGUACAUAUUUAUAUAUCUGCACCAAGCUGAAAAUGUACAUUACACAUCAUUUUAUAUGAGGAAUGUAAAUGUUGCAAUAUGUCUUGGCAUUCUAACAAGAAUAAAUUCUGUAUAUACAUACUAGAAAUGAGUUACCAAAUAAAGACAAAACACUAACCGUAGGUUAAAUUUCUGCUUAGCUACUGACACUAACAGGUUCUUGUUUAACUGAAAUGCUUGUUCAAAAACACUAUUGACUGAAUAUUUUAACUCCAUGUAUAUGUAACUACAAUAAAUUUUUCAUGAUUUAACAGGG